CUUCGCGCCGCCUCGUUCGCGGCCAACCCACCCACACCCUCGCCAGCAUGGCCAGCAGCAAGGCAUUCAGCAGCACCAAUGUGCGCUGCGCCACGCUCAUCGGCCAUGUCGACCACGGCAAGUCGUCGUACGCCGACUCGCUCCUCGCCGCCAACGGCAUCAUCUCGGCGCGCCAGGCGGGCAAGCUGCGCUACCUCGACUCGCGCGACGACGAGCAGGAGCGCGGCAUCACUAUGGAGAGCAGCGCCGUCAGCCUCAGCUUCAAGCUGCGCACGCACGGCGACGACGGCCAGGUGGGCGCCGUGCAGAGCUUCAUGAUCAACCUCAUCGACACGCCCGGACACGUCGACUUCAGCAGCGAGGUCUCGACGGCCAGCCGCCUAUGCGACGGCGCCCUCGUCAUCGUCGAUGUCGUCGAGGGCGUGUGCACGCAAACGAUCACAGUGCUGCGGCAGGCGUGGUCCGACCGCCUCUCGCCCAUCCUCGUGCUCAACAAGAUGGACCGCCUCGUCAACGAGCUCAAGCUCUCGCCCUCGGAGGCCUACCACCAUCUGCAGCAGCUCAUCGAAAACGUCAAUGCCGUCAUGGGCUCCUUCUUUGCCUCGGAGCGCAUGGAAGACGACCUGCGCUGGCACGAGGCGCGCGAGGCGCGCCUCAAGGCGCGCAAGGAGGCGCGCGGCGAGUCCGUCGUGGGCCAGUCCAGCGAGGGCGGCAGCGCAGAGGCGGGCGCGGCAGAUGCCGACGAGGAGGAGGAGCGCUACGAGGAGCUCGACGACGAGGAUAUCUACUUUGACCCGGCGCGCGGCAAUGUCAUCUUUGCCAGCGCCAUCGACAACUGGGCAUUCCGCCUGGAGCGCUUCUCGCACCUCUACUCGCGCAAGCUCGGCAUCAAGGAGAGCCGCUUCCGCAAGGUGCUGUGGGGCGACUUCUUCUUCGACCCGAAGGGCAAGCGCGUCAUUGGGCACAAGCAGAAGGAACGCCUCGGCAAGAAUCUCAAGCCCCUCUUCGUGCAGUUUGUGCUGGAGAACGUGUGGGCCGUGUACGAGAGCGUGGGGAAUCGCGACGUGGAGAAGAUCGAGAAGAUCGUCAAGGCGCUCGAGCUCAAGAUCGCACCGCGCGACCUGCGCGCAAAGGACACGUCGCAGCUGCUGCCGGCCAUCUUCUCGCAGUGGCUGCCACUGGCGGCAUGCACCUUCUCGGCGCUGGUGCAGUGCGUGCCCGCGCCCUCGGUGGCGCAGCGCACGCGAGUGCCGAAGCUGCUGCAUCCUGGCCUGAGCUACUUCUCAAAGACGGAGCCCGCCUCGCCGCUCGAGCAGGAUCUCUUCGAGGCGCGCUCGGGGCCCGAGGCUCGUCGCUGCGCCUAUGUCAGCAAGAUGUUUGCAGUGCGCAGAGGAGAGCUGCCCGAGGCACGGCGCAAGGAGAUGACGGCAGAGGAGAUGCGACAGCGCGGACGCGAGGCUCGUGAGAGGGCCGCGGCGGCGCGCGAGGCGCUGCUGGCUGCCACGGGCGCCUCCGUCGAGGAGCCUGCCUCGAGCCCGGCAGCAGAGGGCGCGCCGCUUGAGGAGCUUUCUGGCUCGAGCGCUGCUCCUCGGCAAGAUGCGAUGCAAGAGGCAGACGAGGAAUCGCGCAAGGAUGAGGAGGUGGUGCUGGGCUUCUCGCGGCUGUACAGCGGCACGCUGCGCGUUGGGCAGACGCUGUGGGCCGUGCUGCCCAAGUACAAUGCCUCCCUGCCGCCCUCGCACGCCGCCAACGCGAGGCAUCUCAAGCAGGUGACGCUGCAAGGCCUGUACAUGAUGAUGGGCCGCGACCUCGUCGCGGUCACCGAGGUGCCGGCGGGCAACGUCUUUGCCAUUCGCGGCCUCGAGGGCACAGUGCUGCGCAAUGCCACGCUCUGCGCACCACCGGCCGGCGAUGCGACAGAGACGCCCGAUGCGGCACAGGCCAGCGAAGCAUUCGUCAAUCUCGCGGGCGUCAACAUGCUCUCGGCGCCGAUCGUGCGCGUGGCACUUGAGCCGGAGAACCCGACCGAGAUGCCGAAGCUCGUCGAGGGCCUGCGUCUGCUGAACCAGGCAGAUCCGUGUGUCGAGACGCUUGUGCAAGAGACAGGCGAGCACGUCAUUCUGUGCGCUGGCGAGCUACACCUCGAGCGCUGUCUCAAGGACCUGCGCGAGCGCUUUGCGCGCAUCGCCAUCCAAGCAUCCAAGCCCCUCGUGCCCUUCCGCGAGACGGCCGUGCGCGCAGCCGAGAUGCCGCCGCCCAAGACAGAGGGCGCUCAGCGCGGCACCAUCGUCGGCUCUGUCGCUGGCGGACUGGUGCAGUACUCUGUGCGCGCCGUGCCUCUGCCAGAGGCAGUGCUGGCGUUCCUGCUAGCCAACACCCGCACCAUGCGCACGCUCCUCGCGCGCGAUCGACGAGGCGCUGCCAGUGCGGAUCAGCAAGUCGACGAGAACGAGGCAGACACGGCGGGUGCUGCUGCUACUACCGAGGCGAAGAAGGAUGGCGCAAGAGAAGUGUCGCCCGAGGACUUUUGGCCGGAACUCGAUGCUCGCCUGCAGGCUGAAGGUCCGGCGUGGAAGGACGUGGCGGAGAAGAUCUGGGCUUUCGGACCGCGUCGGGUCGGCCCAAACUUUCUCGUUGACGCGGCUGGUCUCAGCGCACAGUCCCUGCGACAGCGUACCGAGCCGCGCCGCGCCUUCAAGGACGGACGACCUUCUUCCGGGCUGCCUACGCCCUCAGCGCAGCAUGGCCUUAGCAGUGCCGAUGCAGACGGCGCCGAGCUGGCCACUGCGCUAGAUGCAGCCGCAAGGAUUGAAGACGACGCCGACGAGGCACCAGCGCAAACCGACAUUUCGUGGAGCGCGCGCGACCUCGUCGACUCGGUCGACACGGGCUUUCAGAUCGCUACGCUGCAGGGACCGAUGUGUGCGGAGCCGGUGCAGGGCUUGGCUUACUUUGUAGAACGCGUUGAGGUUGACAAGGAGGUGGCGCAGAAGGAGGGAGCCCGUGUCAAGCUCUCGCAGGUCACCGGCUCACUCAUCUCGUCGAUCCGCGAGGCGUGUCGCCAGGGGCUGCUCGACUGGUCGCCGCGGCUCAUGAUGGCCAUGUACUCGUGCGACAUUCAGGCGUCGACCGACGUGCUCGGCAAAGUGCAUGCCGUGCUCUCGCGUCGGCGUGGGCGCAUCACGAGCGAGGAGAUGAAGGAAGGCACGUCGUUCUUCACCGUCGGCUCGGUGCUGCCCGUCGUCGAGUCAUUUGGCUUUGCCGACGAGAUCCGCAAGCGCACGUCCGGCGCCGCAAGCCCGCAGCUGAUCUUCAAGGGCUACGAGCUCUUCGACAUUGACCCGUUCUGGGUGCCGCGCACCGAGGAGGAGCUGGAGGAUCUGGGUGUGCUGGGCGAGCGGGAGAAUGUGGCCAAGCGCUACAUGGACGCCGUGCGCUUGCGCAAGGGCAUGCACGUCGACAAGCGCAUCGUCGAAGUGGCGGAGAAGCAGCGGACGCUGAAGAGCAACUAGACACGCCGCAUAGAAUGCACCCUCCAUCGCCUGAAGCACAGCCAAUCGCAGAUGGUGAUGAGGUCUGAGGGAGCAUGUGCAUGGUUGGCUCGGCUCAGCAUGUCAUGCGCCAAGAGGCAGCACCUGAGACGCCGAGGGGCCGCGAGAGGGGCAGCGCGAGGGGCAGCGCGUCACGGAGGCCCGCAGGUGCACUCGGCAAGCCUGUCCCUCUCCGUCAUCUCUGUUGAGCCCGUGCCGCCCGGAGACUGAGUCCGUAAGAGCAUCGAGUGAAUAUCGGCGAUCUGCGAUCUGGGGCACUCUUGCGUUUCUCCGCUCGCGGGGAGCUGACG